GUCAGACUCUCGUCCUCGAGGAGCAGAAGAGCAGAUCCACAGCAGAAACUCCUGAACCCUGCAGAAGAUCAUGAGAGUCCUGAGAGCUUUACUCCUCAUGAGUGCUGUCACAGCGUCUGUCAGAGGAGAUACUAACUUUACAGCAGAGACUCCUCCAGUAAAGACGGUGCUAAAGUCCAGCUUCCAUCUGUAUCAUGAGGGCAGUGUGUUUGAGGAGACUUGCGCCGUGGUCCCGUUCCGGUCAGAAACUCUCCACAGAUGUGCUUACAACCACAGUGACCCACUGGUGCUGAUUAUACACGGAUGGACGAUGAAUGGACGCAUGGAGCCCUGGAUCUUCAAUCUGGCUUCUGCACUGAAGCUCCGGCUCGAGCGGGUCAAUGUGUUCAUCAGUGAUUGGAGGAAGCUGGCACUUCAGCCGUAUCCAGUCGCAGCCAAGAAUAGCAGACAGGUGGGGCGGGACGUGGCCGCGCUGCUCAAAUGGCUGGAGGAAGUGGCUGAGCUCUCCAUGAAUGACGUCCAUCUGAUCGGCUACAGUCUGGGAGCGCAUGUGGCCGGAUUCGCUGGAAGUCAUUUCAGAGGGCUGAGGAAAGUGGGCCGUAUUACCGGUCUGGAUCCGGCCGGGCCACACUUCGAGGGUCUGCCGGCGUUUGACAGACUGUCUCCGGAUGACGCUCAGUUCGUGGACGCUGUCCACACCUUCACCGGCUCCAGCAUCAUGCCAGGAGUGGGAAUAAAGCAGAGCGUCGCUCACGUGGACUUCUACCCCAACGGAGGCUCCUUUCAGCCCGGCUGCAAGAUGCUGGACAUUUACAGCAACGUCUUCCAGUACGGCCUGCAAGGAGUUCCCAAGACCAUUAAAUGUGCCCAUGAGCGUGCCGUAAAACUCUUCACCGACUCCCUCAUCAACGCCAGCCAGCCCUUAAUAGGCUACCGUUGCCGUGACGACAGCGCCUUCAGCAGAGGCCUGUGUCUGGACUGCAAGCAGCUGCGCUGUAACACACUGGGCUUAGAUGUGCGGCACGAUCGACCAGGGAGGAGCGCUACAGGCCUGUACCUCAGAACCACACCCCAGCCGCCCUACAGAGUGUUUCACUAUCAGAUCAGAGUCCUGCUGAAGAACCUGAUCGAGCCGCUCGAGUCCUCGCUGUCCGUCACACUCCACGGCAUCGGAGGAGAGAGCCCAGAGCUACCCAUAAACCUGCAUCAGGAGAGCGGCGCUCUGAAGUCCUUCUCGUCUCUGCUGGCCGUGGCCUCGGAUCUGGGCCGGCUCCGCUCCGUGAGACUGGUCUGGAAGGGAGAUCUGGUCUGGUCCAGCUGGAUGAGUCGUGUCAGGAACAUCUUGAGCUGGAACAGCUCCGAUCGAGACCCUGAGCUCAGCGUCUGGAGGAUCUGCAUCAAAUCAGGAGAGAGUCAAGAGAAGACGUGGUUCUGCGGUUCUGCUGGAGGUUCUCGUCUCAGGAUCUCGGAGGAGCAGGAGUUCACACGCUGUCCGAUCAAACAUCAGAACACACACCGCAGCGCUUCAACCCAGUCUGUUUAUUAAUGCAGUUCAAGAACUCCAAAAAAAUUACAUCUCUUUAGACAAUACGUUCUGAAAUGUUACGUAAAAAUGUUCAAAGUGAACAAAAAUUUAGGUACUGUAUAAAACACAGUGAACAUUAACCAACAGCAGUUUUCUUUUUUUGUUCUGGUUUUUCAUUCAUUUCUCAAUUUUAAUGUUCGGCCUAUUUUCACCUACAACAUUUUUUCAGUGCACUUUUCUUCUAUGAAAUUUCACCAAGACUACGUAAAAAUAAAAAAAAAGUAAUAUACAGGCAAAUCUUCUUUAAUCCAGAGCGCCGAGCCGGUUUGUUCCUCUCGGUCGGCCCUGACUCACAAACGCUGAAACAAAAGAACAGUAUCAAAACCAACAGAAAUCCUCCAGUUACUGUACAGAGUUCACGAGAGACCAGUCCGUCUCCACGAUGAUGAAGAAGAUGAUGAAGGUGCGUUUCUGUCAGAGUCUGUAAACUAAACGUGUUAAUGUGACCGUGAGAAUCCUCCUCUUUCCCAGGAUGCUCAGUGAGUGCAGGUUUCUUCAUGAUCGUACGGUUAAACACAUUAAACUCAGGUCUGGGCUGCUCUUCAUGCACACGUUCCUCAGUGUUGGUGAAUGUGAGUGUAUGGCAAGCCUCUUCAACAUUGAAUCCCUACAACAUGCUAGUAUCUACACACACACUGCUAGCACUCUUUCACUAGUGCACAUCUUUACCUCUUUAAUAGAUAGUAGUACCUAGUUACUAAUACAUAUUUCAAAUGCCACUGGCAAGAUUUUUUAUUGUACUAGUAAGAUAUUUAAUCAUGCUCUACAGUGAGCAUUCGGACUAAAGGUACCUUGUUCAUUUUACUGGUCUUCUAUUAAGGUAAGAACAGUAACUAGUAACAAUUACAGACCUGGGGGGGGGGGCUGUUUUAGGGUUUAUUUAUUUUUCUGCUUACCAUAAUUGUUUAGUUAUUCUUUGCUAUUUAUUUAUUUUAUUUUUUUAUGCUAUUUAAGAAAAAAACCCUCUGGUACACUUUAAUUAAAACUCCAGGACACUUCUGCAUAGGGCUGGAUGAUACGAGCAAAAAUCAAUAUCUCUGUUUUGUUUUUGGCUGAUUUGCGCUAUAUGGCAGCCUAUAUCUCUGUGUGUUGUAUUUGGAUUAAACAAAGUGAAUGUAAUGUAGGCAAAUAUGUUAAAAUCACAUUACAGUGCAACAAUGCAAUCUAAAAACAAAACAGACAUAUUUUUAAAGCAGAAGUUAAAGUUACUAAACUAAAAAGGAAAAUAAUAAAAAGCACAGACUAAUUUAGUAAAAAGGCUAUUUUGAUUAAGCCAUUACAUUUUACAGUUAGAGCUAUCACACAAAUACACAUUAAUUGUCCAUCUACGAAUAUUUCAGCAAAAUGUUUAGUCAGAGUUAUUGUGCUCCUAUUUCAGCGCUCGUUCUGAAGAAGUCUCUGGAGAUUAGCGGAGAACUGCUGAAGCAAAAACUCAUGCACUUCUGACAGAAAAUACAAAUAUUGUCAUGUUUUUUUUUACAUUUACAGAUGGGGAAUAUACCUGUGCAACGCAAGUUAUGCGUUAAGGGAAACAGCCGAUCUCAAACACAUUAAACACCGCGUCUCUGUCCGCCUUUACUUUCUGUCAGAACUAUAAACUAUAGGCUACUAAGAGAGAAAUAAAAUACAGAAAUUAUUUAAUGGCAAAACAAAAAAAAAAUGUUCUGAUUGGUUGAACUCUUCAUGUUUUUCUGUUGCUUGUUUUGAACAGUACUCGUGGACAGCGGCGUCAUUAGAUUUUUUUUUUGCGUAAUGAAUCGUACCCGUUUAAAAACAUUAGUCACAUUACGAAUGCAUACUAAUCAGAGAUGAAGCUAAUAUCUGAAUGAUAGAUCCCCACAGAACUGGCAAUCUGAAAUUUGUUCCUAGAAACAUAAUAGUUACUAAUCACCACUGAAAUAUCUACUAUUAUCCUUAAAGGAGUCAUAUGAUGCAAUUUUAAGUUUUCCUUUCUCUUUGAAGUGUUCGUGAAUAGAUAAGAUCCCUAAAGUAGCAAAGACUAAAGUCUCUAACCCAAAGAGACUAAUCCAUGCCUCCUAAACUGCCUCACUUAAACACGCCCCAUGUCUACGUCACAUUGUGGGAAGAUUUGCCCAAAUGUUCACGCUAUGAAAGGUGGUGUAACUCUGAUUCUGUCUGCCGCCGUCACGUCGUGGAGAAUCAGUGUUUUUCUUUGAGAAAGCGAAGCUACAUUGUUUGGUCUUUCAAAAGAGGACACAGCUAGAAAUCAGUGGUUCAGUUGUGUUUACAACACUGUUCUAGAACAGUCCAACCCUAAUAUUCAGAUGUGUGCAGCACAUUUUAUGAGGACUGUUUCCUGAUCCUGAGAGAGAAGACAACAAUGUUCUGACUCUCAGCCUGUAAGUACCUUUAAAGAAGUAAAGGAUUUGACACUGAUGAUCAAGUUUAGAUCAGUGGUUCUUGAUUCCAGUCCUCGCGCCCCAUGCUCUGCAGAUUAGGAUGUUUCUCAUCGCUUCUGACAUCUGAUCUAAGUGCCCUGUGAAGUGGACGUCACAGGAUAUUCCCCCUUGAUUCCAGUUCAAAGUGAACGUAUAUGUUCUAUUUAAAGUGCACUGAACUAUGUGAGACAUGAAGUUAAUUUGUCUUUAUUUAGAGGUAUGUGAUGUCACACUUGUCCAUGUGUGAAGACGUUGUGCAGUGCAAAUCCAUGAAUGAAUGUUCGGAAGUGAGGUAAACUUCAACAGAUUCCCCUGCUCAGGGAGUAGGGAGCAAUGAACACUGUGUAGGGAGCAUGUCAAUGAGAACACAGUUGAUGAACGGAGCUCACUUCUAACGAGCUGAUGAAAUGAAUCAGGUGUGUUCACAGAGAGACAUGCAGAAUAUGCCUAGCUCGGGGCGUGAGGACUGGGGCUGAGAGCCGCUGGGGUAGAGUAGAGCUUGUUGUUUGUCGUUUCUCCCAUCACAAAAGGUUUUGGGUUUACACGACCUGAUGCAAUGCGUAAAAACACAGUAUAAGUCAUUAUAAUCAGUAAUUAUGUCCCCACUAGAUGCAACAAACGGCUCGUUUGCAAUGGGUUUUCAUGUUUUGUCUCUGUGCUCCUGGACACACAGCAGUGAGGGGCGUAACACUUCCAUCACACGCUUGAGGCAAUCAGCCAAUCGCAACGCACUGAACAGCUGGCCAAUCAGAGCACACCUCGCUCUUCAGGAUGACAAGCUUUGUAAAAAAAUCAAUGCAUUUCAGAAAGACAGCAUUUCAGAAGAUACGCAUUUUUUAAACCACAAACAUUUCAUACCAGAUUCUUUUCACACCAAAUACACACAAUAA